GCAAUGUAGCAGUGAUCCGCCUUUCAAAUGAUGCUGCAAGCUUAGGGUUAAGGUAUUAUUCCAGGUAACAAAAGCCAAUGAGAGUACACCAAGAUGAUGUUUGUGACAUCAUCUCAGAGAGUAGCUAGAACAGCUGAGGUAGCUUUCAGCUUCAGCACCAUUGCUAUUAUGAUGGAUGUUUACAUCUCUUCAUUGAGAGCCAAUUAUCUCGCUUUUGUGUGAGGCCCAAGGAUCACUCAUGCUGCCCGUCUGGAUACAGCAGUCUUGGAUCUAGCUGAACGAAUAGCUUUUCUCUGUGCAUGGAUGAAUGCAGAAGUAUGAAAAAAGACCCCAGCUGAUACUCGACAAAACAGGAGUGAGUAAUACUAAAGGGCUGCAUGAGGGCUCAUUUUUGCGACGUGAUCUGUACUACAGUGAGGAGCACGAAGGAAAUAUAUGCAUUUAUUCAUACAACAGCUGAAUCUAAAUAUCUGGAUAAAAUGAGAUGUUUUCGAAAACGCUCAGCGUUACCAGUCCUUGGGGUUCUAAUCUUUUGCUUGCUGUUCAUGAACUUAUACAUUGAGGAUGAAUAUGUUGUGGAAGAAGAUAAAAGACUUAGAGAUGCUUCUACUCACCAAUUAAAUUCAGAUUCCUAUGGCAAUACAGUCAGGGAGUUCUCUAACUUCUCCUCAUCUAUAAAUGUUACAUAUCAAAUAUUAGCUGGCAUACCAAUAGCAAGAAAACGUUUUCUAACAAUUGGCCUAUCAUCUGUGAAGAGGAAAAAAGGAAAUUAUUUGCUUGAAACUAUCAAGUCUGUAUUUGAACAGUCAAGCUAUGAAGAACUGAAGGAGAUAGCUGUAGUCGUUCAUUUAGCAGAUUUUGACCUGGCCUGGUGUGAAGGUAUUGUCCAAGAUAUAUUGAGAAAAUUCUCCCAUCACAUCAUUGCAGGAAGACUGGCGAUUAUCCAUACUCCAAUACAGUACUAUCCUGUAUUAGAAGGCUUAAAAAGAAAUUACAAUGAUCCAGAUACCCGGGUGAAAUUUAGAUCUAAACAAAAUGUGGACUAUGCCUUUCUAUUAAAUUUUUGUGCUAAUCUCUCAGAUUAUUAUUUAAUGCUUGAAGAUGAUGUUAGAUGUGCUAAGAAUUUCCUGACAACAAUUAAAAAGGUAAUAAAUUCCAGGAAGGGCUCAAACUGGGUGACCUUGGAGUUUUCAAAGCUAGGAUAUAUAGGUAAACUAUAUCAUACUCACGAUCUACCGCGACUAGCCCAUUUUCUACUUAUGUUCUACCAGGAAAUGCCUUGUGAUUGGUUGUUGAUUCAUUUUAGAGGUCUAUUAGCCCAAAAAGAGGCUAUUCGUUUUAAGCCAUCUCUUUUUCAGCAUAUGGGAUAUUAUUCAUCAUAUAAAGGUGCUGAGAACAAAUUGAAGGAUGAUGACUUUGAAGAGGACUUGCUUGAUAUACCAGACAACCCCUCUGCAAUUCUCAGCACAAAUAUGCAUACAUUUGAAAAUUAUGAGGUUAAUAGGGCUUAUAGUAGCGCUGAAGAAUAUUUUUGGGCCAAGCCUCCUUCUAGUGGCGACUUUUAUCAUAUUGUGUUUGAGAAACCAAUCAAAAUCAGCAAAAUCAAAGUCAACACAGGAACGGAAGACCGUCAAAACGAUAUUCUACACCAUGGGACCCUGGAGGUUGGAGAAAGAUUAGUUGGGACUAAGAAAAACAAAAAAUGUACAACUUACCUUAGGUUAGGUGAUUUCAUAAAUGGAAACUUUGAAAUUGACAAUUUAGACCGUAAAGUUCUUUUUAAUAUUGACUGCAUUCGAAUUUUGGUGACUAAAAAUCAGAAUGAAUGGCUAACUAUUAAAAGCAUAAGUGUCUGGACUACUGAGACAUUGAACCAAUAAAACACUCAUUUGCUGCCUUCCUUAUGGAAGAAAGACAUUUCAGUUGAAUGUCAACUGGUCUUUUUCACUCAUGGACUACUUUUUGCUAAUAUGUGAAAUGCAAAUGGCAAAUUAAAAGUGAAAAGGCUCUUUAUAUUUUACUAUUUCUGUCAGGCAAUAUUUAAGUCAGUUGUUGUUUUUUGAAUGUCCUCUAUUUUUUACCAAACGGAAGCAUAAUUUUCCCAUAACUUAAAGGUAAUUUUGCUGCCUAUUUAUUUGAAGAUUUUAUGUGUUUAAUCUAUGGGAAUGUCACUAGGGACAUACAUAAUCUGUCUUGCGUUUAUGUUUGUUUUGUCUUUAUGGUAUAGUAUUUUACUACCUCUAUUUUCUUUCUAUAUUGAGCCCAUUUUUUUUACCAUAAUCUUAAGAGUUUAGAGCACAAAACAAACUUUAAUUAAACACUGUGAUUAAACACUGUGGACAAAAUCUUUUUAUUUCAUGCUUUACUACGAGUUGUUACAAUUGAACCCAUUAAACUUUGGUGGAAAUGCU